CUGAGGGGUGGAGAUGUCAAUGGCGUGCCUUCGAGUGUAUGUCCGACACAGGUUAGCACCUGGAGCUCAGGGAUAUGCGGCCCCCACCAGUGCCUCCAGGUCUCGGGAACGAAAGAACGAGGGUCCAGUGCUUCAGUAUGUGGGGAAGCUGAGAAAGCCCAACCACAAAGUGUUCAUAUGGGGUUUUAGCUACACUGGAGCCCUGGGCAUCCCCAGCUUUGUGGUUCCGGACAGUGGCAGAAAAAAGCCCAGGAAAUACCAGCUCACAUCUUACCGCCUGGAGACAGAGCAGCAGUGUUCAGUCUGGGGAACAAUGCCUAUGGCCAGUGUGGGGGGAAGAUUGUUGAAGAUGAAAUCUACAGGUGGUGUGCGGGCAGGACCACAGUCUGUUCCUGACUGAAACAGGAAAGGUGUAUGCCCGUGGCUGGGGGGGCAGACGGACAGACAGGUCUGGCCCACCACAACAUCGUUUCCAGGCCGGGUGGCUGUAGGAAGGAACCUGGCUGGGGUGAGGGUCCAGCAGGUGACCACCUACGGAAACUGCAGCCUGGCCGUGUCCCAGGACGGCCAGCUCUUAGACCGGGGCAACUCUGAGUACCCCAAGCUUUCCUCGGUCACUGAGGCCACCCAGGUGAGGAACCAAUAUCGCCCCAUCACAAUGCGAAAUAGUUGGACAUUUGAAAUACGGUUAAUUAAGGGAUACAAUCGCUGAAGGUAGUUUUGA